CGAAAGGCGCGCGGCACGUCUUUCUGGCCCGUGUCAGUCUAUGAAUCAGAAAAGUCAUGGCUACCGAGUCAGCUGGUUUUCCUGUUGUUGUUCGUCGCGGUGUCAUGGAUAGAAACGCAGUUCCCCGUUCGAAACGGAAACUCCAAAAACACUUACGAAGUUCCGGUCAAGCUUACAUAUCAAGAACGGGAAAAUUAAUACCUGCCAAACAAGUACCAGAGGAAUUAUGUCAAUGUCCUCAAAAAUGUGAUGAACGUAUACCAAGGGACGUACGAGAAAGACUGUUCAAUCAUUUUUAUAAUCUCGGAGACGCCGAUAAACAAAAUACAUUCCUCCGUCAACACAUGGACGUGAAAACGCGGUGUUCAAUUAAUACAUUAACCGGAUCUACAUCGCCCCUCGAUCCAACAACAUCUUCACCGACAAGAAACGGACCCGGAAUAAGAGGUCCGCGUAGAAUAACUUGCAGAUACCUAGUACCUUUAUUACCCGGCGAUAAAACAACGGACGUUUGUCAAAAAGCUUUCGUAAGUGCCUUCGUGAUAACAACGAAACGCGUUCGAUUGCAACGCGAAAAAUUAAUAAGCAGCAUGGGUCUCAACAAGUACAGUAACGGAAGUGGUACGAAAACCGUCAAAAACUACAAUAACAACAACGUUUUGAUGUUGUGCGAUUCGAAUUCGGAUAGUUCGUCGAAUGAGAGUCGGUUUGACGAGGAGUUGAGACGAUUUGGUAGACAGUUUCAAACGAACAAUUUAUGUUUUAAAGAUGGGAGAAGGAACGGUGAUGAUCCGUUUGUUCCUUUGGGAUUGAUCGUUCCCGAUAGUGUCACGAUAACGCCCAUUAUGCCAACGGUGAUCGAUCACGACGCGGAUAUAGCCAUCGUGAACAAUUUCUUUUCGAAUCAAUUGUGGAAACCGGAAUAUCUUAAAUCGUAUUCAUGAAUGUUUUGAGCACCAUUCAAAUCCACAAUUUUCAUCAGUACUUAGAUUU